AUGACACAUCUAGGAACUUAUGGCUUUGUACCAGAUUAUUACCGUUGGUAUCACCAUAGAGAAAGUUAUAUUUCAAAUCUAAGUGUGCUUAAUGAUCAUCAAGAAGAAGCUUCUGGUGAAACCGUGAAUCCUCAAUCCCAUAAUGCAUUCUGGUCAAUGGUUUUUUAUGUUGUUGGGCCUUCUUAUAAUGGUAACGUGAAAGAGGACCCAAAUCCAACAACACAACAUAAUUAUGAUAUGCUCAAAGCAUCGGAACAAGAGAUUUGGACGGGAAAUCUACAUGGACAUACACAAUCGUCUGUUGUUGCUCGUUUGUUAAAUCUUAAGGCAGAACAUCAUUUUUCGGAAAGGUUGUAUGAUGAGUUAUGUCAGUUUAUAUCAAAAUUGAUGCCAAGUGAUAACAAAAUGAUCGAUAGCUUCUAUGGUACUAAAAAUCUAAUGCGGGGAUUAGGCUUGCCAGUCGAGAAGAUUGAUUGUUGCAAAAUUGGAUGUAUGCUUUAUUUGCGUAAGGACAGUGACCUAAUCAAUUGCAAAUUUUGCUCUCAUCCUCGAUUUAAGAGAUCAAAACAUCAACGUUCCAAGAAGAAAACUAAUAUUUCUUAUAAGAAGACGUAUUAUUUUCCUUUAACUCCACGGCUACAAAGGUUGUAUGUAUCUAAUGCAACAGCAAAACAUAUGAGAUGGCAUUCAGAGCAUGAAAGAGAUGGUGUCAUGCAUCAUCCCUCAGACUCUCCUUCUUGGAAGCAUUUUGAUCAGACGUAUCCACAUUCUGCAUCUGAAGUUAGAAAUGUUAGAUUGGGUUUGUCUACUGAUGGGUUUCAACCAUUUGGUCAAUCAGGCCAACAAUAUUCCUCUUGGCCUAUGAUAGUUACAACAUAUAAUUUACCACAUUGGAUGUGCAUGAAGGAUGAAUACAUGUUUUUAUCUGUGAUUGUACCUGGUCCAAAAAAUCCAAAACAGAAAAUUGAUGUCUUUUUGCAACCCCUCAUUGAAGAGUUGAAAAAAUUAUGGGAGGUGGGAGUCCAAACAUAUGAUGUUUCAAGUAAAAAUAAUUUUCAAAUGCAAGUUGCAUUGAUGUGGACAAUAAGUGAUUUUCCAGCGUACUCAAUGUUGUCGGGUUGGAGUACAGCAGGAAAAUUAGCUUGUCCUUAUUGCAUGAAAGAUUCUGAUGCUUUUUCACUAUCCAAUGGUAGAAAAGUCUCAUGGUUUGACAAUCACAGAAAGUUCUUACCUAUCACCAGAUCAUCCAUGGUGAAAAAACAAAAAGUGGUUCAAGAAGGGUCAAAUAGUACAUAA